AUGGUGUAUGGCAAGAGGUGUCAUUUGCCGGUGGAAUUGGAGCACAAGGCUUUCUGGGCAGUGAACAAAGUGAACUAUGAUUGGGACAAGGCAGGGCAAGCAAGGAAGCUAGAGAUCCAAGAACUCGAAGAAAUCAGGAGGGAGGCAUAUGACAAUGCUGUUCUCUACAAGGAAAGGAUGAAAAAGAGCCACGAUGCCUUGAUCACAAGCAAGCAAUUCAGCUUUGGACAAGAGCUGAGUACCAAGUGGACCGGGCCAUUUGUGGUGAAGACCCAAUUCCCAAAUGGAGCCGUCGAGAUUGGGAAUCCAAAAUCUGGGAAAGUGUUCAAGGUUAAUGGACAAAGGCUGAAAGCCUAUUAUGGGCAUAAGCCCGACACUGGGGAAGAACUGGAUCUCGACCCAGCCACAAACACCUCGGAUUAA